AUAUAAUUCGAAUUUUCAAUAAACUAUUAUUUUCAUGUAUAUAGUUCUAAAAAGGUAUCAUUCGAUAUAUACUGAAACAAAAGUUAAAAUUCGAAUUCGUGUAUUACUACAGCACGGGAUCUUUCUGAAUAUUUUCAGUUUCUUUAAAAUCUUUGUUAUCAACAAAUAGUUAUAUUAAGAUAAAAUGGUUUAGGUUAGUUUCCUAAAAAUCCUUUAAAAAUAUUGGCAAAUCUCUUUGUUGAAUAUGUUACGAUUCUAUAUUCUACUAAUCUAGAAUAUAUCUAGGAUAUUCCUUUUACAAAUUAACUAAUAUAUUUUCAAAUUUAUUUUAUCCUAAUCGACUACCUAGAACUAUAAGUAAGCCACUUACCUUUAGCAUAAUACAAACCAAAAUCCUCUCUUUCUCUUUUCUUAUAACCUGCAAAAAAAACACCAACAAAUGACUCAGCUUACACGAUACACACCAGUCAACAGCUUGAAGCCUUUCAAGACAGCUUGGUGUAUUCAAGUUAGAAUACUUCAUUCAUGGAUUCAUUUUACAAAAGGUUCUGGCAUGUCAUUAGAGAUGAUUUUAGCAGAUGAGGCUGGUAACAAAAUUCAAGCAGGCAUCAAAAAGGAACACAUCAGCAAAUUCCAGCGUUAUGUGAAGAAAGGAGAUUGGAAAAUCAUUGAUGAUUUCUCAGUUAAUAAAGCAACGGGACAAUAUCGAUCAACAAUUCAUCCCUACAGAAUAAAUUUCCACUACUCUAUUGUCUUCUCUCCCUCACCAUCUAUUUGUAAUGAGGUUUGGCUUGAUUUAGUUGAUUUUACAACUAUUAUUAUGGCUGGUAACUUGGAUCAAAACAAGUUGGUUGAUGUCCUUGGUCAAUUGGUGAAUGUUGGAGAAGCGCAAACGAUCGACGUCCAAGGCAAGCCUACCAAGAAGAUUGAUUUUCAGCUGAGAGACACUGAUGAUAACCAUCUACCAUGCUCACUCUGGGGUAAAUUUGCUGACCAAAUUAGCAAAGUUGCGCAAGAAUCUCUUGGUUCUAUCGUUAUAGUUUUGGUAAGGUGGGCGAAGUUAGGAGAAUGGAAAGAUAUUAGGAGUAUUUCUAAUGCUUUUGAUGCUUCGGACGUUUUAAUCAAUCCAAUUUUGACGGAAGUUGAAGACUUUAGGAGAAUGCUUCCAUCUGAUGGACUUGCCUUGACUAUCAUGGGACCUAAGCCUAGAUUCCAGCCUCUAAAGGUGCGUGAACAGAGGUCCUUAGGUUUACCUCUAAAUACUAUUGCUGAGCUUAAGGCUUCUUAUGAGGUUGAGAAGGUUAAAAUCUUCUGUACCAUUUUGCAAAUUGACUUGGACUACUCCUGGUACUAUUAUGCACACAUCAAAUGUAACAAAAAGGUAGUACAAAGUAAGAAACUGCUUAGCUCUGGUGCCAAGAAGUUAUUUUACAGAUGUGAGAAAUGUAAUGCAGAAGUUUCUGCUGUUGAAGCAAGGUACUGGCUUCAUCUAGACGUUAUGGACAUCACAGGGGAGAGCAAACUUAUGUUGUUUGAUAGUUUUGUUGAGCAAAUUAUCGGAACUCCUGCUACUGAACUCUUGGAGGGCACUAAUGAAGAACUUGAUGACCCUCUCCCAGUUCCUGAUAUAGUUAAAAAUAUCAUUGGAAAGACUUACCAGUUCGUAGUCUGUGUUGAGCAAGACAACAUCUCAAGAGGAAAUGAUGAAUACAAAGUGAAUGAGGUUUUAACAAGUCAGAACCUCAAUCAAGCUGACCUUAAAGCUGAAGUUGAUUAUCCUGUGGAUCUUUCAUCCAUGAGUUCCAGUGACCAGGUUUUGAUGCUGACUAAUAGUUCUGAUAAGGAUGAGACUAUUAAUACUUCACUGUCUACACCAUCAUCAAAGAGAAAAGAAGAUGGUUCGGAUGGAUAUGAUCAAAACUCCACAAGCAAGAAACAAUGCACUGGAAAACAAUCUGAUGCUAAAGACAAUGGUGUCAUUGGUGUAGACAAUUCGAAGAAAAAUGAUCAGCCUACUGAUCUUAAAGUCGAUGGUGUCGUUGACUUAGACAAUCCGAAGGAACAUGAUCAGCCUAAGUUUCUACACAAACUUGAUGAGGCAGGUCAAGAAGCCAUCACCAAAGUCAGUGAAGCAGAACAGAAGAAAGUUCUUUUGAAGAAGAUUAAGGUUGAGAAGAUCGAAGGUCAGAAGGGAGCAAAGUGAGGGAGGGAAUACUCAACGAUCUAAAAUAAAGUUUAUCUGAUGGAU